GCAGCCAAUGGGAUCCCAGGACCGUGCAGGCCAGCCUUAUUCCUGCAGCCGCAUCGAACGUGGGCGGGGUCCUUAGCUGGGUCAGUGUCUCAAGACCGCCUGCGGGUGAAGCAAGCGUCUGCGAAAGCGACCAGAUUUGAAAGCCACAUUUCUAAGAAACACUGAGAAAGAGAGCUCCCAUCCUCUUCAUUGAGACUCCAGCCCUACAGAGGAUGCUCAUGGAGCUUGGAACGCCAACGGCCAACCUUCGGAGGACGAGCAGACUCCAUGUGGAUCUGUAGGGCAAUGCCCCAGUCUCACCACCAUGGCACGUGGUUUCACAGUGGGCUUUGACCCAUCGGGUUUAGGAGAACUGAGCUCUGGCUCUCUGAGCUCCCUCUCCUCCCGAGGCCAUCUGGGCAGCGACUCUGGCGCCACAGCAACACGAUACUUGCUGAGGAAGCAACAGCGCCUGCUGAAUGGGCCCCCCCGCGGAAUCCGAGCCUCAUCACCCAUGGGCCGAGUCAUCCUCAUCAACUCCCCCAUUGAAGCCAACAGUGACGAGAGUGACGUCAUCCAUGCAGUUCGGGUGGAGAAGAGCUCCUCUGGAAGGCUGGGCUUCAGUGUGAGAGGCGGCUCCGAGCAUGGCUUGGGCAUCUUUGUCAGCAAGGUGGAGGAGGGGAGCAGUGCAGAGCGGGCUGGCCUGUGUGUGGGGGACAAGAUCACGGAGGUGAACGGACUGAGUCUGGAGAGUACCACCAUGGGCAGUGCCGUGAGGCUGCUGACCAGCAGCAGCUGCCUGCACAUGAUGGUGCGGCGUAUGGGCCGUGUGCCUGGCAUCAAGUUCUCCAAGGAGAAGACCACAUGGGUGGAUGUAGUGAACCGGCGGCUGGUGGUGGAGAAGUGCAGUUCGACACCAUCGGACAGCAGCUCAGAAGACGGUGUACGGCGUAUCGUCCAUCUCUACACGACCUCCGAUGACUUCUGCCUAGGCUUCAACAUCCGCGGGGGCAAGGAGUUUGGUCUGGGCAUCUAUGUGUCUAAAGUGGACCAUGGUGGGCUGGCUGAGGAGAACGGCAUCAAAGUGGGGGACCAGGUCCUGGCGGCCAAUGGUGUCAGGUUCGAUGACAUCAGCCACAGCCAGGCCGUGGAGGUGCUGAAGGGCCAAACGCACAUAAUGUUGACCAUCAAGGAGACCGGCCGGUACCCUGCCUACAAAGAGAUGGUUUCUGAGUACUGCUGGCUGGAUAGAUUGAGCAAUGGGGUACUGCAGCAGCUGUCCCCAGCCUCGGAGAGUGGUUCCAGCGUCUCCUCCUAUGCCUCCAGUGCCCCCUGCAGCUCAGGCUCACUGCCCUCUGACCGCAUGGAUGUCUGUCUGGGGCCCGAGGAGCCCAGUGGCUGUGGCCCAGGCUGGGGACGGGCAGACACAGCCAUGCAGACUGAGCCCGAUAUGGGCAGCCAUGUGGAAACUUGGUGCAGCAUCCGGCCAACUGUCAUCCUCAGGGACACGGCCAUCCGCUCUGAUGGUCCCUCUUCUACCCGACGCCUUGAUUCUGCUCUUUCGGAGUCGCCCAAGACUGCUCUGCUGCUGGCCCUGAGCCGACCCAGGCCUCCCAUCACACGGUCUCAGAGCCACCUGACACUGUGGGGGAGGGCGGCAGGGGCGGCCAGCAGGGGACGGGCACAGAGAGGCCUGGACACUGGACAGCAGAAGCCCCGCCAAAGUCCGCCCUCGCCUGGACCUGGAGAAAGAAUUGAGUGUCCAGAGGCCUCAGGUGACAGCCCAGUAGAGGAGACACUUCUCCAAGUCAAGGCUGAGCCAGCCCCUUUCCUCACCGCUGUCUUCUCACAGUUCCCAGGUUGUUGUUUCCUUGUGGUUCUCUGCCCACCUUUCUGGCCCCUCCUCUCUCUGUUAACAAGGCUCCUCCUUCUCCCUCUGUCUUCUCUGGAAGGAGGGAGCGUGGGACCUGUGCAGAAGUUUGUCACCUGGAGACUGAGACGUGAUCGGGAGAGGGGCCGGACCCUGCUCUCUGCCAGGUCUGGAAGCCCCUCUGGCCAGCUGCCCAAUGUGGAUGAGCAGGUGCAGGCCUGGGAAAGUCGACGGCCCCUCAUUCAGGACCUGGCCCGGCGACUGCUGACAGACGAUGAAGUACUAGCGGUCACUCGCCACUGCUCCCGGUAUGUCCAUGAAGGUGGUGUGGAGGAUCUGGUGCGCCCCCUGCUGGCCAUCCUGGACAGGCCGGAGAAGCUGCUGCUGCUGAGGGACAUCAGGAGUGUGGUGGCCCCCACGGACCUCGGCCGCUUUGAUAGCAUGGUGAUGCCCGUGGAGUUGGAGGCUUUUGAGGCUCUCAAGAGCAGAGCAGUUCGGCCUUCUGCUUUGAGACCAACCAGGCAAGACACGCCACCCAAGCGUCACCUCAUCACCCCUGUGCCUGAUAGCCGUGGAGGCUUCUACUUGCUGCCAGUGAAUGACUGCUCAGAGGACGACCAUGGCGAGAUCCGGGAGAGGCUGGGGGGCCUUAAGGUCUCUCUCAGUGCCACUGCCCCUCGCCACCACCAUAAAGGAAUCCCCCCUCUACAAGAUGUACCAGUCGAUGCCUUCUCUCCUCACCGCAGUGCAUGUACACCCCCUCCCCAGCCGCCUCCUGUGGCUCCCCGGCCUCCCAGGCCUAACUGGUUACUGACAGAACCCCCAAGCAAAGAGGAGGUUCAGCAGAACCAGAGCCAGACCCCAGCCCAAAGCCGCAGUCGCAGCCGGGGUCGAGGCAAGUCCCCUGGGCGCAGGAGCUCCCCAUCCCCAGCACCCAUCACCACUGCCACCACAGCCAACGGGCGAUACCACAGGCCUCGGAAGGCAAGGCCCUUGCUUCCACGACCUCUGGACGGGCAGGAGGCCAAAGCGGAAGCUGGGCAAGGGCCCUUGGAGAAUGGCGUUAAUGGGACGGUCGAGGAGACGACCAGGAAAGCCUCCACUGGAGAGCUGAGGACAGUCACACUAUCUAAGAUGAAGCAGUCUUUGGGCAUCAGCAUCUCUGGGGGUAUCGAGUCCAAGGUGCAGCCCAUGGUGAAGAUAGAGAAGAUCUUCCCAGGAGGCGCUGCUUUCCUCUGCGGGGCCCUGCAGGCUGGCUUCGAGCUGGUGGCAGUGGACGGAGAGAGUCUGGAGCAGGUGACCCAUCAACGAGCUGUGGACACCAUCCGCAGAGCGUACAGAAACAAGGCUCGGGAACCUAUGGAGCUUGUGGUCAGGGUCCCUGGGCCUGGCCUGCUGCCCUUAUCCUCUGCUUUGUUAGCCUUCAAGGACCAGAGCCUUCCCGCUGACGGUUCCUCUGCCCACGGACCCCUCGACAAUACCCCAGCCCAGCUGCCACCUCCUGAGGCUGGGCAAAUUACAACAGACUCCCAGCCCAGCCCUUCCGGCUCCUCACAGCACCUCCAAACUCUCCCCUCUUAAGGGUUCCCAUGACCCUUCCCACUGACCCUGAGAAUUACUGCUGCCUCCAGGUUUCCUGCAAUACCAAGGCCCCUUUGUCCUAUCUGCCCGCCCUCCUGCUGGAAGCACACGGUGGCUCUGAUCCACUGCGGCUAUCAGAAAGGCUCUGGCCUUUGGAGGCGGAUGUCCAAGGACAAGGUUCUAGUGGGCAACUGUGUCAUUUGCAUUCCCUGGUCCUGGACCGCUUCACAGCGAGGGGACAGAGAAUCAAGUCUGAAGUUGUGAGGCUUUCUAAUGAUGCCUCUGGCUUCCCAUACUCAAGGAGGUCACUACAUCCAUUCCCCAGUCUCAAGCAGCAUUCAGUGCAAAGAACAGGAUGGAAAGCUUUUCUAACUCCUCAAACCUGAUUAAGACUCACGUGGUCCACGAGGACCUCUGACUUGGCUGGGUUAGCCCUAUCACCCUUCCUCCCUGCAAGAACUUCAUGAGGUCGAGGAGGAGCCAGCAAGCAGAGGGGACAGAUGUCCCGGACAGAUGUCAAACAAGUUCCCUGUGGUUCUUUAU